GAAUAUUCUUGUAUCUACACAGCUUUGAUUUCCCUUCUUUGUUCUAUUUUGGAAAAAUCUGUUUCAAGCUAAGAAUUCAAAAUUUAGGUUGUGAGAUUCUAGCGGCGAGAUUUGGGAGUUGAAUUUGAAAAUCUCGAGGUAUCUUGUUGAUCAAGCUAAAAGCAUUGAAUCGUUUCUUGUCAAUGGCGACGGAGCAACAAGAUUCGCAACUCUCUUUGGCAUCGAUCCUGGAGGAUUUUCUUAAACAGCGAAACAUUCGCGUUGGUGCGGAUUCGAGCUCGAAAAAGGCCGAUGAAACUUUUGGAGGAAGGGAUUUGCCAGUAGAUCCUUCAGACUUGAGAAGGUAUGAAGCAGCAAGGUGGGUAAGAAACACACUUGGUGUAGUUGGAGGAAGAGAUUUGCCAGCUGAUCCUUCAGAGGAUGAUUUCAGAAUUGCAUUAAGAAGUGGAAUUUUGCUUUGCAAUGUCCUCAACAGAGUUAAACCUGGUGCUGUACCAAAAGUUGUUGAAGCUCCAAAUGACCCUCUUGUUAAUCAAGACGGUGCAGCUCUAUCUGCGUUUCAGUACUUUGAGAAUCUUCGAAAUUUUCUUGUGGUUGUGGAGGAAAUGGGUAUUCCAACGUUUGAAGUCUCCGAUUUUGAGAAGGGAGGUAAAUCCGCAAGAAUUGUGGAGUGUCUUUUGGCUCUCAAGUCAUAUCGUGAGUGGAAACAGAGCGGAGGAAGCGGUACAUGGAGAUACAUUUUGAACUCGAAACCAACCACGUUUGGAAUCGCAAAACAAUACAAACGUAAAGACUCAGAAGCACAUGUGGAUGCGGUCACAAGUAGCCCUUUUAGCACUCAAUCCAGUGAACAACCUUUGUUUGAUCAAUGUGAUUCUAAUACCAAACAUGAAGGAACUGCCAAUUCAAUAGAUGCCAUUGUCCGCGCGGUUUUUUCUGAUAUGAAGCAAGAAGAAAUUCCCGGAAUUGUGGAAGAUAUGCUGAAAAGUGUCAUGGUAGAAUAUGAACGUAGAUUAGCAACACAAAACGAAUUGAUCCAUAUGAGCGCGGGAAACAAAGAUAAGCUUGGUUGUGACGAUCUUGGGAGAACUAUUUCAGGCAAUGAAGAGACGCUAAGUGAUGCUUCGGACGGAGAAGAAAAUGUGUCAAAGAUUGUAAACAACAACAUGGAAGCUUCACAAGAUAAUAACGUUGAAGAAUCGAAAAGCCAAGAUUGUGAGCUCUAUGUAAUUUCAAAAGAGAAGACCGAGAAACAACAAAUGAUAAUCGACAGACAACAAACUCAUACUGAGGAACUGAAACAUGAUCUAAAGGCUGUAAAAACAGGUCUCAGUCUCUUGCAGAUGAAAUACCAGCAAGAGUUUACAAGCUUAGGCGAGCAUUUGCAUGGACUUGCUUAUGCAGCUACAGGAUACCAAAGGGUUCUUGAAGAAAACCGGAAACUUUAUAAUCAAGUCCAAGACCUCAAAGGGAGCAUACGAGUUUAUUGUCGAGUGAGGCCAUUCUUACCUGGACAAAAAAGUGUCUUAACUACUGUGGAUCACUUGGAGGAGUCAACCAUAACAAUUGCAACCCCUUCAAAGUAUGGAAAAGAAGGUCAAAAAUCAUUCACCUUCAACAAAGUGUUUGGCCCUUCAGCAUCACAAGAGGCGGUGUUUGCAGACACUCAACCUCUGAUCCGGUCUGUUCUUGAUGGUUAUAAUGUAUGUAUAUUUGCAUACGGCCAAACAGGAUCCGGAAAAACUUUCACCAUGAUGGGACCUAAUGAGCUCACGGACGAGAGCUUAGGAGUAAACUACAGAGCAUUGAGUGAUCUCUUUCAUUUGUCAAAGAUUCGAAACAGUUCACAAGAUGGAAUCAACGUGCCAGAGGCUACAUUGGUUCCAGUCUCCACAACUUCCGAUGUCAUUUAUUUGAUGAAUAUUGGUCAAAAGAACCGUGCGGUCAGCGCCACAGCCAUGAAUGACCGCAGCAGCCGCUCUCACAGCUGUCUCACUGUACAUGUCCAAGGAAAAGACCUAACAUCAGGAGUCACUCUAAGGGGUUCAAUGCAUUUGGUUGAUCUUGCGGGAAGCGAAAGGAUCGACAAGUCUGAGGUCACUGGUGAUAGGUUAAAAGAGGCACAACACAUCAACAAGUCUCUCUCUGCUCUAGGAGACGUGAUUGCAUCUCUCUCUCAGAAAAACAACCACAUUCCUUAUCGCAAUAGUAAACUUACUCAACUGCUCCAAGACGCUUUAGGAGGACAAGCGAAAACGCUCAUGUUUAUUCACAUUAGCCCCGAACUAGAAGAUUUGGGAGAAACACUCAGCACCUUGAAAUUUGCAGAGAGGGUGGCCACUGUUGAACUCGGUGCUGCUCGUGUCAACAAAGACACUUCUGAGGUUAAAGAACUCAAAGAACAGAUUGCUAGUUUGAAACUUGCGCUAGCGAGAAAGGAGAGCGGGGCAGAUCAAACACUGCUCCCAAGACCCCUUACGCCUGACAAACUUCUCAGAAAAAAGUCACUCGGCGUGUCGUCUUCAUUCUCAAAAUCAGCAAACACAAGGCAACUCAAAACCAAACAUAAGCCAUCAUCACAGAUUGAUGAUGUCAACAACAUUGAGGGUCAAAGUGACUCUGCAUCUAGCCUUGACUUACAAGGACUAGUGGGUUCACCGUCAUGGAAAAGCCCGUCGAUAGAUGACAAAGAGGAGGAAAUAGAAUUUAUACCAGGAAGCGAAUGGGUUGAUAAACACGAGGACGAAAUCACACGUAGUAGCAAACCUGAAAACAGAUCACAUACACAGCUUGACAAGCGAUCGUCUAGCUUGAAACGUGAGCCAGCGCGAGGUGUAGACCAUAAUAAGUGCAGUAAUAAUGUAGAUAAAGGAUUAGAGGUAAGUAAGAUUCCAUACGAAGAAGAAGCAAAUGAGUCAGAUGAAACCGCAACAAGUGAUUGCUCGGAGACUAACUUGAUGUGGCAGUUGAAUGUUCAAGUGAAUAUGCCUAGACCAGCUUCUAAUGGUUCUUCAACUAAGCUAAAGAAGAAUCAAUCAAAAAAUAGAGUUGCUGCUGAGACCAGGAGUAUGAUACCUUCUUUAAUCCCCACGCCUACGAGGAGAUUAUCGCUUGGGGCAAUUAGCACACCAGGACAAACUUCCUCAAGGCAUAACAACAGUACAGUAGUUGUGAAGAAGAGACAAAAUCCCAAGUAAUGAUGAAAACAUUUUGUGAGUUUUUGUACAAUACCAAAUAUUUUUUGGCGGACCCAUAUUCAUAUUAUGAGGUCAUAUAUAUACAGACGCCGUAUACGAAGAGUAGAAUACGUAUGAGAGUGAUAGAUUGUACUAUACUAUAGCCUAUAGGUUGAUUAUGUUUCGUUUGAUUUGGGUGGCAUUUACUAGAAUGAAUAUUCAAUUCUUUC